AGCAGGUUUGCUGCAACUGGGCGUACUUGUUCGCGAGCCGCGCCGUUUUCUGCUCACAAGCGUGUUUCGCGCGCUCUUAGGCGCCGGGAGUCGCUUUGCGGGAAUAAGUGUGUGGGGGAAUUUCACCGAUACCUGCACUUUCUCGACAUGUUAGUUCUCACUGUCCGCAUCUAGAUCUGUAGAUAUUUUUCACAAGCGCUGCACUUUGUCGUAGCCAGCACGAUGCCGCCUAUUCACAAUGGCACCGACCCGAAGGACACCAUAGAGAAGAUAAUCAAAGGCAACAAAGUAGUGAUUUUCAGUGCCUCUGGUGACCCAACGUGCGCACAGACGAAAGAUAUCUUUACUAGCCUAAAUGAACCCUACGUGGCCAUCGAAGUCGAUGAGGAAGGCUAUGGGCCACCAAUCCAGGAAGCGCUGAGCCAGAAGACAGGGCUGUCUGGCGUGCCUCAGGUGUUUGUUGGUGGAGAGCUGCUUGGUGGCAGCGAAGACACGGCCUCUGCACUGAAGAAAGGUACCCUUGGGCAGUUGCUUACGACUGGCGUCUCCUACGAUUAUGACUUAGUUGUCAUAGGCGGCGGAUCUGGCGGCUUAGCUGCUUCUAAGGAAGCUGCUAAGCUAGGGAAGAAGGUAGCUGUAUGUGAUUUCGUCAAGCCGACCCCAAAAGGCACAACUUGGGGUCUGGGAGGCACAUGUGUCAAUGUUGGCUGCAUACCAAAGAAGCUUAUGCACCAGGCUGCGUUAUUAGGCCAAGGCAUUCACGAUUCCAAGAGCUUUGGAUGGGACAUGCAAGAUGUCGAAUUCAAAUGGGAGACGAUGCGAAGCAACAUUCGGGACUACAUUGCAUCACUCAACUGGAAGUACCGGGUCAGCCUGCGGGAAGCGGGCGUUGACUACCUCAACGCAUAUGCACACUUUAUGGAUCCACACAAGUUGAAGUUGACCGACAAGAAGGGCGGAGAGAAGUUCAUCACAUCCAGAGAUUUUCUCUUAGCCAUGGGCGAAAGGCCACGCUACCCUGACAUUCCUGGUGCGCGGGAGCAUGCCAUCUCAAGUGAUGACCUGUUCUUCCUGCCCCACUGUCCCGGAAAGACGUUGGUGGUGGGCGCGUCAUACGUGGCGCUGGAGUGUGCGGGCUUCCUCCGGGGCAUAGGGCUCGACGUGACGGUCAUGGUGCGCUCCAUCCUGCUGCGAGGCUUUGACCAGGACAUGGCAGAACGCAUUGGCGACUACAUGGCAAAGGAGGGCAUCCGCUUCAUCCGGCCCUGUGUCCCUACAAAGUUGGAGAUGAUUGAAGAGGGGUCUCCUGGAAAAAUUAGGGUCACUGCAAAUGCAAAUGGCACAGAAAUUGUUGAGGAAUUCAACACGGUUCUGUUUGCAGUGGGGCGCGAGCCGUGCACGCACAGCCUUGGACUGACCGAGGCUGGAGUGAACGUGAACCCCAAGAACGGCAAGCUGCCAGCGAGGAAUGAGCGGACGAAUGUGCCUCACAUUUACGCUGUGGGCGAUGUUCUCGAGGGGCGCCCUGAGCUGACUCCUGUUGCGAUCCAGGCGGGCAUUCUGCUGGCACGCAGGCUUUACGGCGGCAGCGACGUCCAGUGUGACUACACCAACGUGCCUACAACUGUGUUUACACCCAUCGAGUAUGGCUGCAUCGGAUACUCGGAGGAGGACGCCAAUGCCAAGUUUGGAGCGGAAAGCAUUGAGAUUUUCCAUACAAGCUUCACGCCACUGGAGUGGACUCUUCCGAAACGUGGAACGGAUGCAGGUUACCUGAAGAUUGUCUGCCUGAUCCCUGAAAACAAUCGCAUUCUUGGCUUCCACUACCUGGGGCCCAACGCUGGCGAGGUGACUCAGGGCUUUGCUACUGCUAUGAAGCUAAACGCCACAAAGGCAGACUUGGAUGCCACCAUCGGAAUUCACCCUACGUGUGCUGAGCUCUUCACGACACUGACCGUCAGCAAACGGUCCGGGGCCAGCACCAAGCAGGGUGGUUGCUGAGGUUAAGCCCCAUCGCCAAAGUGCGUGGCCGCCUGCCUCCGAGGCACAGCGCACGUUUAACACCCGCAGUGUAGGAUUUUAACUGCAAGCUGCUACCUCACCGUGUUGCUUGCAUCUGAACGCACUGUGCCACCCGCACACGCCGACACCGGCCUAGCACGGUUGGCAGGCAGGCCCCCCCUUUGGCGAUGGGAUGAAGCCUUCCCGCACCCAACUACAGGAACAAGCUCGUCGGCUCCACACAAUUGUGUGACCUAUGACGGCAGUGCCGCGAAACUCAACUCCUGAGAGCGACCUGCCUGAUGCCGUCGACGUGGCUCUUCCUACGAGCUCAAGCAUGAAGUUGUUAACUUAAAAAAAAUUUUUUUUUUGCAAUUGCUUUUAACUCUGCGCUGUAUACUUGGUUGCGCUUUUCAUUAAAGAGUAUUUAUUUAAGCAUAA